GAAUUUUCAAUUUCAGUGCACUGAGUCAGACACAAACCGGAAAGGACGAUCCGCCAGCUUCACUUAUCGCCUAUUUUUAGUAUUUUUACAAAAGUUGAGAGAAAAUUUCCUGUAGGAAUUGUUAGUAUGGCCACAAUGUAGAAAAUGUCCAUUGCAAUACGCUGAAUAAUCAUAAAUCGGGAAGAGAACACCACCACAACUACCACCCACCCUUCUAUCAUCUAUCACGAACGGCUUGCCCUUUAAAACCGGCUUACUUUUGGUGCGAUGGAAGACCAUGAGGUAGCACCAAGUCCAGACACUAUUCCAGUAAUGCAAUUAGUUGACCAUCCAGUUUCAAGUCCGGCUGUGCCUUCAAGUGAAUCCACGCCGACUGUAGACAGCUUGGAGGAGCGCUACAACAAGUUGAAAGCAAUAACUCUCAAGUACAAAAAGAAACUGGCAGAACAAACUGCAGAACUUGAACGCCUUCGAGAAAGACCAGGACUACAAAAUGCUUCAAAAAUUCAACAACAGUAUGAUAAAGCGUUAGAUGAAGUAGAAAGGCUCAAAAAGUUAGAGUCGACUCUUCAAAAAGAUCUUGAGAAAACGGUUCAAGAAAACGUAGAGUUAAAAAUCAAGGAGUCAGAAUCCACGUCACAGAUCCAAAGUUUGUCGUUGUCACACAAGAUACUUAGGGAUAAAUUGGACCUACUCGAAAAGGAUGCUGAAUGCACUGAUGAGCUAAAAUCAAAAGUGGAGAACCUUGAGAAAGAAUUACAAGAAGCAAAAGAUGACCGUGCAGACGCACAACAAGAAAAACGUCAACUCCAAAUUCUGUCUUUGGAAGUAACUGAUUACGAGUUAAAAUUACAGGAUGCUUCUGGACAUUUAGAAGCCAAAAAAGUUGAAUGUGAUAAGUUGCUGGCAGAACUUAGUAAUCGGGAUCAGAAAGUUAAAGAGUUGGAAUCGAUAAUUUUAAACUAUAAAGAGUCCGAAAAUAAACUGAUUCUUGUUAAGGACAGUCUGCAGGCUGAUUCUGUUAGAAAAGCCGAAAAGAUCAUGUUUCUGCAAGAUGAAGUUGGAAAAUUGAACGAUCGAUGGAAUGAAAAGAAAAUAGAGUUUGACAAACUUCAUCAGGAGUUUGAAACUGCUAAAUGUACAUUUGUAUUACAAGAUAAGGAUAUGACAGAAAAGCUCAACAAUUCCCAAAAGUCCAUAGCUCAUUUAGAACAGAAGAUUUCCCUUUUGGAAGAAAAUAAGAGAAGUCGAGAAACACAAAUUACCAACUUGAAGUUGGAAAUGCAACAAUUAGAAUCUGAGCUAAGAAACUAUAAAGCGAAAGCCCAAGCUAUGCUAAAGUCUCAGAAGCCAACAACGUUAAUUGACAAUAACGAGGAAAUGGAGAAACUACAAAAAGUUAUUCAAGAAUUUCACUCCGAAGUUGCCAUAUUGAAAGUGGAACUACAAAAACAAAAACUUGAGAAUGAAAAUCUAUUGUCGGAGCGAGCAGAGUUAAACAUGCAGCUCUCUGAGCUAAAGGCUGACGGUAUUAAAAAAGACGUGCAACUCAAUGCAGAGUUCCAAAAUUUGAAGCAAGACCUUCGAGAUAAGGAUGAUUAUUUGAAACGUCAAUUAGAAGAAAACAAUGUUGUGUGCGAACGUAUAAAAUCAUCAUUUAAGAUUGAAAUCGAAACAUUGAAGAAUGGAUACGAAAAUCAAGUUCAGUUACUGCGAGAACAAUAUGAGCUUCUAAAAUCCGAAAACGAAAAUACGAGUACAUCUGCUACUGUCAAUUUUGAAAACUUGGAAAGAAUACUGGAAGGGAGCACUUCAUUUCAUCCAAUGUCCCGACAAUAUACAAGGUCCUCGUUACCAACUCCACCACCACCAAGUGAUCAUCCUUCUACACAAAUGGAAUUUAAUAGGAUAUCCAAUCCAUUGACAAUUGAUACCAGUGAUACCAACGGUAUAAGUUUUGACCAGCUUAGAAUGAUUCCAAGAGGGGAAGGGGAGGGAUCUGAAAGCGUUACUUCUGUGUCAGCCUAUACCCCAAAGAUGAUGGAUAAUUACAACGUUACAUUCGAACAACUUUUGAGCAGUAGCUUUGAAUCAUCAAAAGGAAAUGAUAGUGAUCAGGACAGAACCAUCAGAGACUCACUGCACAAAGAACUAGUCAGGUGCCAAAGUCAGGUCUCCCAUUUAACUUCACUUCUCCGUGAAUCUGAGUCCAACUGUGAUAGGUUAGCUCAGUUAAGCGACGCCCUUAAAGAAGAAAUUAGAAGAAUUGAACGAGACAAGGAGCGUCAGGAACACUUGAAAGAAAACACAGAGUAUCUUAAGAAUGUUUUACUAAAGUUUAUAACAUUAACCGGCGAUGCGGAGCGCAAGCGCCUAAUUCCAGUAUUAAAAACCAUGCUAAAGUUGACAACUGAAGAAGUAGAUAAGUUGGAAGGAAUUGUGAAUGGUGGGAAAGAAGCCAGGGAAGGUGGUGUUGGCAAUGGCUGGUCGUCCUACCUUCCCCUGUGGUCUGGAGGGGGGUCCGGUGGAUAAACACUAAAUGAACUGUGAUUUUUUAAUGUCCAUUUACUACUACUGCACCUAAAAACGAUUGCAUUGUUAAUGUUUACUGUACUGCACGCAACUGAAAUAAUAAAUGGCCAAUGGUGCUUCUAAAAUACUCUAA